UUAAUGUAAUUUUGCACAAAUAAAAAGAAUCUGUAAAAAGUGUUAGUCUGUUUCGCAAAUCGAAUAAUUAAGCAUUAGAAUUGCUGAUCUCUCGUAGGUUAGGAAAUCUGUCAUUUUUACUGCAUGCAACGAUGUGCGUACAAGUAAACGAUCAAAGUGAUCAGCGCAUACUGAGCAUGCGCCAAGUUUGGACUAGGACACUGUUUCAAAUAUUAAUGACCAUGUUCAGCAGACUGAGCAGAUCAGUGAGCGCUUAGUGAUUCUUCAAUAUGAUUGGUUUCUACACUUAGAUCCAGAGAAGAUCUAAAGGCAAUCAUAUUAAAGAAUCACUAAGCGUUCACUGAUCUGCUCAGCCUGCCGAACGUGGCCAAUGGGAGCUCUUUCUAGCUACCAUAUGUAUAUCCCUCUACGCGUGCUGGAGGACCACCUUGGGGUUUUAGUGGGUUCAAUCCCACACUACGGGGCUCUCCCCCAAGAGUCAGAGUGUGCAAAGGCAUUUCCCCAACUACCUAUCCUAACCCGAGCAAGAAGAAGAACGUAUUCUCCACCUAAAAAAAAGUAGUGAAUAGUAGUGAAGAGAGUAGAAAUAAUGACGGACGCUUCGGACUUACCGGGCGCAUCCACGAGUCAGAGGACGAUGUCGAAGUUGUUACGACAAUGGGCUCAAGAGUUCCUCACUUUGCGAAAACAUGCGAAUAAUUUAAUAGACAUAAUCAGCCACUGGGAUGACUGUACUAUUACGUGUCUACUCACUCUUGAAACGAUAUUCACGGAAGUGCUUAAACGUGGCGAUAUGUAUCUUGAACGUACCAUAGCUCUUACUAUUUCAGAACCUAGCGCUGAAUUUCGCUACAUUACUUGGCUGAGAAACUGUUAUGAAGAAGUUUGGAAGAAAGUAUUAUUAUCUAUGGAAAGUAGUCGAUUAACUAUUCAGCUGCAGGUUCUUACCACAGCAAUAAAAUUGAUGGCAGAAGAGGGUAGAACACCGUUAGAGCCAUGUGACAAUCCAGGCUAUCACUUUCCUCUACAUCGUCUAAGACCCAUUCUCAUGACAUUACUCUCACCUGAAAAAGACAAUACCAAUUUAAUAUCAAGAUUUCAAGAGAUUGCUGGAUAUCCUGAUGCUCUGUAUUAUACAUGGAAAUGCCUACCCUCUCUUACACCAAAAAGACAACCUCAAGAAAUUUAUAUUAAGAAUUUGUUAGAGCUUAUAGACAAAAUACCAGUGCCAAAGGAAGAAGGAUCCAAACUAUCAGACAAUAAAGAACUGUUAUGUGGAUCACAACAAGGUGCUACAUUUACAUGGGAUCAAUUUGCUGUUAAACGCGCAUUAAACAAAGUCUGGGCUUGUGUUAUGCACUGGGAAUUAACACCGCAGUUACACAAACAGCUGUUAAUAGUUUUAUUAGAACGAAUUAUGUCACAUCUAGAUAAACCAUUGUUAUUAACUGAUUUUCUGAUGGAUUCACUAGACGCGGAAGGUUCUAUUAGCGUGCUUGCAUUACAAGGUGUAUUUAUAUUGGUCACUAAGCACAAUCUAGAAUACCCGAAUAUUUUUACCAAGUUGUAUUCAAUGUUUGAACCUGAGAUCUUUCAUACAAAGUACAAAGCUCGUUUGUUCUACUUAUCUGAUCUAUUCCUCAGUUCAACACAUUUGCCAGAAACGUUAGUAGCCGCAUUUGCGAAGCGACUCGCACGUCUAACGUUAGUUGCGCCACCGGAAGACAUUCUAAUAAUCCUGCUUUUUGUGGGCAAUCUGUUGUUGCGACAUCCUGGGCUGAAGAGGUUGAUUGAUCACCCACAAGGCGGCGAAGUUACUUCAUAUGCCACAAUGGGCGCAGGCGACCCAUUUCUUAUGGAGGAGCGUGAUCCAUUGCUAAGCAAUGCAAUGCUCAGCAGUCUCUGGGAGAUUCGUGCAUUACAACAGCACAUUUUACCCAGUGUGGCCAGUGCUGCGCAAUUCAUUCGCGAGCCACUGCCUUCAGUCGAAUACGAUAUGGCAUCGGCACUGGAGCGUAAUAGUGGCUACAUCUUUGAUCGCGAACUAAAGAGUAAAGUCAAAGACAUCAUGUUGACAUUCGAAAGACCAACCUCUAUGGCGUUACUGAAAGGGGAAAAAUUAUUGCAAUAUUGGCAACUCACAAGUACAUAUUGAUUCUAUAAGUCAAGAGUGCAAUAUGUUAGAAAAAAAAAAUUUAUAGUUGGAAAAUGAGACUAAAACACGCGAUGGAUUAUUUACUACGGUAAAAAAUAAAUACUUUUGUGUUUUUAUACAGCAUAUCUAUGGUAAGAAAAACAACAGCGUAUUUUUUGUGCAGCGUUGAGCAUCUACAUUUAAAAUAUCGAGACGCUUCAAAUUGUACUCUGAAUAAUUUAAUUUUUAUAAAACAAAAAAUGAUACUUUUUGUUUCGACUGAUAAAAUGUACACACGUGUGUGUGUGUGUGUGUGUGUGUGUGUGUGUGCGCGCGCGCGCGCGCGCGCGUGUGUAUGUGAAUUUUUAAUAUAUAUCGAUAUAUAUUCUGUGAAAAAUAUAUAUCUAUAUAAUUCUACGUAUAGAAGAUUACGUAAAUGCGCAACGCUGACAUUACUUAAUUCUUUCCCUGCUUUUGUUAUUUUUAUUUUACAAAAAUCGAUAGAAAUGAUGGAACAUAUCAUUAGUUUUUGUUUUAUACAUAUAUCAAUGUAAACGCAUGUAUAGUGAAAAAUGUUAAUAAUUAUUAUUUGUAACAACUAACUUGUUAUCCACUAUAUUUCAGACACGUUGCAUGUAGCUGAAUAAUAAUUUUUUAAUUAAAAAAAUAGAAACGAACUAUCCUUAGUAUACUCAUCGCGGCGAAAGAAUUGAAUCUUUUCACAUUAUGAACAAUGAAGUAAGAAAGUCAAAUAACCGACAUAUGAUUAAUUAAUUCGAAUAUAUAAUAUUGUAGAUAAAAGUUUUGUAAACUUUGAAUAAGUUUUACGGAUUACCAGAUAUAACUUUCUCUAAUCUAUUUGUAAACUUCAAAUUUGAGAUAAUAAAUUAUAAAUAUUUUACUCUAAUAGAUAAAGAUGUGAUUUGCUUUCACGAUAUAACGUUAAAAUAGUAUACAAUGUAUAUACCCACACAGUUUUGUAUUUGAUAUAUGUAUAUAGGCAUAUAGGCAUGCAUAUGUAAUAAUUCAAUUGUAAUUUUAUUUAUAAUACUCUAAAUCAUACACUUCUCUCUUUAUACAUAUAUAAAAUUGUGUUAUCAUCAUCUUUUUGAUACACGUCCGAACACAUUUUCAUAUAUUUGCGUUCCAUUGCAAAUUGUCUGUGUGUGUGUGUGUGUGUGUGUAAAUACUUUUAUGUACAUCAUUAAAUCGAUAAACUAUUUUUCCGGUAAUAUCAUGUCUGACGUUGCUUUGUAUCCAAUGACUAGAAAAAAAAAUACGACUUAUUAAUUUUUGCUGAAUAAAUUGCAGUAAAAAAUUGUU